CUCCUCACAGCCAGACCCACCGGAGUACAGGUGAGCAGCAUGACAAAAGCAGCACACAGCAAACAGGAAGGAAUACUGACUGGAAUCUAAUCUGUCGCUGCCAGACUCUGCAGAUUUGUCACCUGCAGAUCAUUAUAUUUAUCUCCACGGGGGGGUUCUGGACAAGUAAUGGGAGCAGAUGACCUACCGUGACCUUUCCCCUCAUCGAUUCAUACAUAAGUCGCUUAAGACUAAAAAGAAUCAGAAGAAAGACGUCAAACUUUUCUAUUAAGAGUAAAAGAAACAGACUGGAAAUCUGAGCAAAAGGAGCAGAUUCAUUUAAAUUCAUGACUAAAGCUGAUCAGUUUCAGUAUUAAAGCAGCUGGCAAAAACAAGAGGGUUCCUUUUCAGCUGUAGUUUUUUUAUAUUUAAAGUCUCUGAAAAGGCAAAUUCUCUAUCUUGCCUGCAGAAGCCGUGUCUGGAUUUUUAUGCAAAAGACACAACACAGAACCCCCGAGUAAAGCAAGUCUGAAACACUUUGGAGGUCUGAGUACAAUCGAAACGUUGGAAUGACCUUUUCUCAGUCAAAUGUUAUUCCUCGCAUUCACCAAACAGCAGGAAGCUUCCAUAUACACAGUCCCCCUUCACUUCAUUGUAAAGUUAUGAUCUCUGAGAUAAAGACCAGAUCCUUUUCUUUCAAAGAAAAAUAAUCUGCAGGCUGGAGAUUGGGAUGCAGACGAAAGGCAUGUUUUGGUGACUAAAAUAGAAGAAGAGGAAGAGAAGCAUCUGGAAAAAAAAAAAAAAAAAGAGAAGACGGGAGUAUUUCUCAGCAUUUUUGUCCAAUUUCUAACAGAGCACUACAGAAUUGUGCAAUUUAAUGGCAGCCAUCCAUGGGAGCUCAUCCAGAGAGCGUUUGGAGCUGGCCCUCCUGGGAGGUCCUGUUAGAUAGGGAAUAAUACUUCAUGUAAGCAAGAGCGCACUUCUUCCAUCAAAUUUCAGCUGACUACGGGACGUUUUGCAGAGGAGUAUUACUGAAUCUGAGGCCAUAACCAGAAGCAGUAACCUGGAAAGUUGAGCUCUCUUUUCUUGUCCUUUUCAUGUGUUUGCUUGUAUUUCCAAACGUAUUCACCGUCUGCCAGUAAGAACUAAAACUCCCUGCGUCCAGCCGGAGCAACGGAGCGACAGUUUCAUCUUAUCAGAAAAGCAGAUUGAGCUGACUGGAACGAAACACUCAGAUCCCCCCCCCCCCCCCCCCCCCCCCCCCACUGAGGGCUUUUGUCUCUUCUGCAGCAGAAGCAUUUUGUUUGGAGUAACGAUAGAAAUGGAGAAGGGACAUACGUCUAUCAGGAGAGGGGUGAGCUGGAGUCCAGGAGGAUUGAGAAAACCUCUCCAGGCAACGCAAGAUGUGCACACUCCAGGGACAGACUGCAAUGCAUCAUGGGAGAAGACAGGAUUCAACAAAGAACAGAUGAGCCGGAAAACAAAUUUGACCCGGAGCGCCAGUUUAUCAGAGAAGGAGCUGAAGGAGGCUCGAGUCAGGAGUCAGAUCAUCGCCGCUCAGCUCACCGUUCCUUCCAACUCCAGUUCCAGAGGCGUUCAGCUCUUCAACAGACGCAGGCAGAGAGUCAACGCCUUUACACUGGAAAGCUGUGGAGAGGGGUCAGAGGAGGACAAGGCGGAGAAUGUGAUAUCCAACCCUGCAUCUAACAAGCUAUCAUGGGCAGAGAGGAGCAGUGAGGAGAAGGAUCGAGACCUGAACUAUAAGAAUAGCUCCAGCAGGCUGCUCUGCUUAUCACCUGGGGUGUCACAUCCAGUUAGUGAUAUUAUGGAAGAGCCAGGUAAGGAUUUCCACCAGGAAGAAGAAACAGACAACUGUGUUAUCCAAGAGAGACAUUUUCUGCCUGUCAAGGAAAUAGAAGAAGAGGAAGAGGCAAGAGAUAAAAUCCAUGAGGAGCAUGAGGACACAUUCAAGGAUGAAGCUCCCCGUGGAAGUAAUAACACUGAUCCAGUUGUGAUAGGGCAUGUCGAGGGGGAAGCAGAGAUAAAUGGGGGCCACACUUGGCCAGAUCCCGCCGGAAAGCUCGUUAAUGGCUGCCACAGUACCUCUGGACCUGAGAGGGCCUCUGUGUCCACAUCCAGGCAGGCAACCGCCAUCAUCAAUCGAACUGCCAGGCCCUUUUUCUCACCGCCAACAGUGCAGUCUCCGGAGGCACUUAGCCCCGUCAUGGACAUCCCUCCUGCUCCGUCUUAUGCCACCCCUUCUCUUCCUGCCCAAUCUGCAGCCUUCUCCCCUCCGCCUCCACCUCCGUCGUAUCCCACUCCUCCCCUACCGGCCUUUACAAACCAACCCCCGCAUGCUUACUACUCGAGUCCCCCGCCGAUGUCUCCUGUCAUGUGUCCUUCAUCCCCUCCUGCAUCCCAAUUCCCUCCUGCUCUUUCUCCUGUGUCUCAGUACCCUCCGAUGCCUCAUUAUGGCCCUCCCACAGCCCCAAAGCCAUCCACCUUUGUUCCUCAGCCCAUUUCAGAGAGGAAAUCAAUAACACCAAUCAAAACAGGAAUACUCGAGGAGGGUGCUGCCAGAAGGGCAAAUAGAAAGUCUAUGUUCACAUUUAAAGAGAAGCCAGUGGUAGCUCCAAACCCUGAGCUACUCUCUCUUGUGCAGGGAGUCGAUGAAAGGAAGAAACACGGAAAUAGAUCUGUACCUGAGCCAGCACCCGAGGAGGAGUUACUGGCUCUGGGUGCAGAAGCCUCUAACUUUCUUGCAAAAGAUGAGGAAAGAGCUGUUGAAGAAGCAAAAGCUCCAGAAUGGGCCUCCUCUCUGAGGAGCUCCAGAGCUCGACCCAGGAUCGAGCACAGACCAGACCAGACCCUCACCAAUGUAUCAGGGAAGGGGGCGGAGCUGUUCGCCAAGCGUCAGUCCCGGAUGGAGAAAUAUGUUGUAGAGAAACAGAAUCUAGGACAAAUGAGGUCUCCUUCUCCAACGAUGUCCCUUCCACCAUCUUGGGUGUACCCGUCAAAUAUGCCUGGACGGGUCAAGGCCAUCGCUAGGAAUUCUGACAUGAGUGCUCAGCUUUCACAAAACUUAAAGGCACAACAAGAAAUCAAGCAAAAACCAAAGCCAAAAGCCCCAGCACCGGAGCCAGUCCCAGAGCCGCCUCCCAUGGAAAACGGCUGCUCCAAAAUAGAAAUGGACCUGUCGAGGCACCGACCGUACCAGCUGAGCUCAUCCCUCUUUAUCCUUAAACCAAUCAAGGACCCUAUUAGUACCCUACCCAGAGCAGCACCGCAGCCUAAGAACCUGAUCUCAGCUCAGUCCUUCUCCAGACAGACUUCUUUACCCAGCAGCCCACUUCCUCCCUUCCAUGCCACAUGCAUGUCUCCUCAGCUGCCUCUCAGCCCUACAGGAGGAUAUCCAUCGGAUCUGGCCUCUGGGCCGCAGAGGAUCAGUUCUCCUAUGUCUGCCUUUUCUCCAGAGAGAGUGACCCCUACUCGUUCAGGGGUUCAGGCACCGAGACCCACAUUUUCUGCCAAGAAAGCAGGGAUUGAAGGCCAGACACCAAAGGAGUCCUCCCCUGCUGAAACCCCCACUGAGACUCCCACGCCAACCACAACACCCAGCUUCACCAGGCGCUUCAGCAGCCCAGAGGGCCCCUCCACUGGGACCUGGACUCCCACCUUCCGCCCCACCACUACCGUCUCCAGCUCCAGCCACUCAAUUAUUUCUCCUGUAUCAACUCCCCGGGGUACAAGAUGCCAAUCUCCUCUGGUCAGUCAGAAUAGCCAGUAUUCUAGUGCUGCCUGCAGUUCUUCAUCCAGGCCUUCCCAAACACCAACAGUCACUUCUCCAUGUUCUCCCUGGGGAUCUAGAUGUCAGUCCCCAAUGGUGGGCCACAAUACCCAGUCCUCCACCAUCAUCCCCAGCCCCACUUUCAGACCGUCCCAAACAUCUACAACUUCAACCCCUCCUUGGGGUUCAAGAUGCCAGUCGCCCAUGGUGAGCCAAAGUAUCCAGUCUUCCACUGCCAGCUCCACUUCAGCAUCUAGACCAUUUCAGACAUCUACAGCCAAUUCCCCAGUCUCUCCACCUUGGGGUUCAAGAUGUAAAUCUCCCAUGGUUAAUCAAAACACUCAGCCUUCAACCAUCUCUUCAGUUUCUGCUUCAAAACCUUCCCUUCCUUGGGGUUCAAGAUGCCAAUCACCAAUGGUGAGCCAGUCUUCAACAUCUACAUCCAGACCUUCUCAUACUACUUCAUCACCUGUCUCUCCUUGGGGUUCACGGUGUCAGUCUCCUGCUCUGUCUCAGACCAGUUUGUCAUUCCCCGCCACUAAACCUCUGUACACAUCAAAUGUUUCCUCUCCUGUUUCCCCCCCUAAAGACAGUCGUUGCAUGUCCCCCACAGUGAAUAACCUAGACUCUAAGGCCAACCAUCGCCUCCUGGCGAAAAACAUUAUUAACGCAGCCAAACGGAAAAACAGUGCUUCCCCUGGUGCACUGAGUGGUCAGAGUUUACCUAUUUCACCUGUCGGAAACUCCCACCCACAGUUUGACUGUCACAAACCACCCAUCAGCCCCUUCCAGCCACGGGUCUUGGGAGCCCAGUCCCCCACUUUCACCAGUCCUCCUCCUACCCCCACACAGAGGAUCUGCUCUCCUGUGAGGCUGUACAACACCCGCUCCCUCACUGACUCUGAUGCUUCAGUUGAGUCUGAAGACUCUGGCCUCCGGUCGCCUGGUCUGUACUCCUACAACACCUGUCCCCGGGGCUGGGGUGGUAGCCUGAGGGUCAAGAGAAGCACAGUCUCCACUGAUCUGUGAGGGUCUGAUUAAUGUAUGAUUUACAGUGGCUGAGCGCUCUGUAACUGAAUACUCAUUCUAAUAGUAAACACUUAUUAUGUUGUAUUUUAAAUGACUCACACCCAUCAUAUGGACUGACAAGAACAAGCUUUCUACAUAACGCAGUUGCUUUGGCUUGUACGCUUUAUACAUACUCAGAAAAACCAAAGAUAUUUGAAUUCAUGUUGAAUGAAUGUUUUACUUUUUAUAUGUUCACAGGAAACAUGCCUUCAUUGUCAGUAUUCCAUUUAGAUAAUACUUCAGUAAAUGUUUAUCGCUAUCACAGGACGUUAUAUGUCUUAUACAUUGUAAGUUAUCAUUACGUUUGCUGGUCUGACAUAGGGAAAGCUGGGAGAGUAGGAAUAAAAAUGAUGGUAGACAGAAGGGAUGCAUGGAAAAAAGAGGUGUAAAUAGCUUUUUAGACUGUACAGUACUUUAAUUAAAGGCAUUCCCUUUGUCCUGUAUUGAAAAUGAAUCGAAUUAAACUUUACAGUUCACAAUGAAUUUACUUACAGAAUAUACUGGGUAGACAAUAUCUGCACCCCCCCCCCCCCCCCCCAUCUUUUCACAUUAUCAUACAUGACCAAAACGUUCACUGUUUUAAUCUGUUGAAAGUAAAUCAUAUGCAUAAUAAUGCUGUGCAAUAGCCAAUAACACAUAUGUAUGUUGCUUUAUGUGAUGCAUUAGCUCAUUGAAUGUAAAUGUUACAGUCUGAUGGUCAAAAGACAGGAAAGGAGCACAGAGCAUGAAGAAUCAUAUAGGGGUUCGAUGGGGCAUUGACGCACUCGCUUAAUCAAACACUGUUUCCUUUAUUAGGAGAAAAACUUUUGAGAGUAUCGUAUUAAUCUUCAGUCAUUCACAUUUUAAUGAACAAACGAUAAAUGUCAACAUGUGCGAAUUAAAUGGCAUAUUGAUUGUACUAUUGAUACUAGACAUUGAAGUAUGUGUGUCUGUGUAUUGUUUUGCUGGCCACAGUCAUUUUUUAUAUUGAUAAUAUCUCUCAUUAGGAGCAGUUUAGCAUAUUUUCGAUAAGUACCUGUUUGAUGAGGUUUAAAAUGUCAUGCAAGUAGGGAGGGUACAUAAAAUGUUGAGUUUUCAUAGGAAGGAAGGCUGGCAGAAUGUUGAAAGAUGUGAACUAAUCAGUGUUUGUGGAAAAAAAGAGGGUCAGAGGAGUGACGUAUUUAAUUCACAUACAUACUUUGCUAUAUUCUACAUUGUUUUUAAUCCUGAAAUUCCUUUUUGAUACUUGAUUUGCACUUCUGUUCAUUCCAUUUCUGAUGACGUUAUCUAAAACUUGAUUUGCUUGAUAAAAACAAUGAAAAAAAAAGUGAAUGUUCUGUUAUAAAAAUCAG